AAUGAGAAAGAACUCACGAGGGGAGCGCUUGGAUACGAAUCGGAGUCAAAACCGGAGAAAGGGAACAGAACCGAGGACAGCAGACUUGGGGAGGUGUCUGGGACCCACUUUGAGACUCAGCACCGUCACUCGCUUGCAAGCAGACAAACCGCUGGAGCUACUACUUCUGAGGCACUCAACUCCUGUCCACCGACUCCAGAAGAGUUGUAGGUGA